AUGGCACACCGAUACCUGCAUCUGUCCAGAGGCUGCAGGAACCUUCUCCACGCUCUGCUGCCAAAUGUCAGAUCAACAAACCGUGUGCAAUCGGUUCAGGGUGUUGGGCAAAUCGUCCUAGACAGAAGAUCCUUGCUCUCUCAGGUCUUGGGCACCUAUAGAAGAUUGAGCUCCAAACCUCCUAAAGGAUUUGAAAAAUAUUUCCCUAAUAAUCAAAACGGUGGUCCAAAAAAUGGUGAGCCCAAGCCAUCCAACGCAGAGGUCAAAGAGGCCAAACCAACCAAUGCUCAGAAGACCACUGGUGGAGGUGGAAGUAGUGGAGGAGGAGGAAAAAGAGGGGGGCGGAAGGAUGAAUCCAGUUGGUACAGCCGUCUCCAAAAGGGUGAUUUGCCGUGGGAUGAUAAAGAGUUUCGUAUGUAUUUCCUGUGUGGAACAGCCUUCUGGACAGCUGUCACAUAUUAUUUCUUCUUCCGAGAUGGAGGAAGAGAGGUCACCUGGAAAGACUUUGUAAACGGUUACCUUGCUAAAGGAGUGGUUGACAGGUUGGAGGUUAUAAACAAGCGAUAUGUAAAAGUCAUCUUUACCCCUGGUAAAACUCCAGUUGACGGGCAAUAUGUGUGGUUCAACAUCGGCAGUGUGGACACAUUUGAGCGAAACCUGGAAACUGCUCAGCUGGAGCUGGGGAUCGAAGGAGAGAACCGACUGCCAGUCGUCUACUCCACUGAAAGCGAUGGGUCGUUCCUCUUCAGCAUGUUGCCCACUGUAAUGAUCAUUGGGUUCCUACUGUUCAUGCUGAGGAGAGGGCCAGCCGGGGCAGGGAGGCCGGGGAGGGGAAUGGGUGGGCUCUUCAGCGUCAGCGAGACCACUGCCAAAGUACUACGAGACGAGAUCGAUGUCAAAUUCAAGGAUGUGGCGGGCUGUGAGGAAGCCAAACUGGAGAUCAUGGAGUUUGUAAACUUUCUUAAGAACCCAAAGCAGUACCAGGAUUUGGGUGCCAAGAUUCCAAAGGGGGCUAUUUUGACCGGACCCCCGGGCACAGGAAAGACUUUACUAGCCAAGGCCACUGCGGGAGAGGCCAACGUCCCCUUCAUCACUGUGAAUGGAUCCGAGUUCUUAGAGAUGUUUGUUGGGGUUGGGCCAGCCAGGGUUCGGGAUCUCUUUGUACUGGCCCGGAAGAAUGCACCCUGCAUUCUCUUCAUAGACGAGAUCGAUGCUGUAGGAAGAAAGAGAGGCAGAGGCAACUUCGGCGGACAGAGUGAACAAGAGAACACACUCAACCAGUUACUAGUGGAGAUGGAUGGAUUUAACACUGCUACCAAUGUUGUAGUGCUGGCAGGCACCAACAGACCAGAUAUUCUAGAUCCAGCUCUGAUGAGGCCCGGACGCUUUGAUAGACAGAUAUAUAUCGGGCCACCAGAUAUCAAAGGCAGAGCCUCUAUUUUCAAAGUCCAUCUGAGACCACUAAAGCUGGAAGCAGAGUUGGACAAAGAAUCUCUGGCAAGGAAAAUGGCUGCUCUAACACCUGGUUUUUCAGGUGCGGACAUUGCUAAUGUGUGCAACGAGGCUGCGUUAAUUGCAGCCCGCCACCUAUCUGAUGCCAUCAACCAAAAACACUUUGAGCAAGCCAUCGAACGAGUCAUUGGCGGUCUUGAGAAGAAGACGCAGGUGCUGCAGCCGGAGGAGAAGAAGACCGUGGCUUACCAUGAGGCUGGUCAUGCUGUAGCCGGCUGGUUCCUUGAGCACGCUGACCCUCUGCUUAAAGUGUCCAUCAUCCCGCGUGGGAAGGGUUUGGGCUAUGCCCAGUAUUUGCCUAAAGAGCAGUACCUGUACACCAAGGAGCAGCUUCUGGACAGGAUGUGUAUGACGCUGGGUGGACGUGUGUCUGAGGAGAUCUUUUUUGGCCGCAUUACCACAGGGGCACAAGAUGACCUGAAGAAAGUAACGCAGAGUGCCUAUGCACAGAUUGUGCAGUUUGGCAUGAAUGAAAAGGUAGGGCAGGUGUCUUUCGACCUGCCGCGGCAGGGAGAGAUGGUUUUGGAGAAGCCCUACAGCGAGGCCACGGCACUUCUCAUCGACACAGAGGUCAGAAACCUCAUCAGCAUGGCCUACCAGCGCACACUGCAGCUGCUAAAUGAGAAGAAGGCUGAGGUGGAGAAGGUGGCACUAUAUCUACUGGAGAAAGAGGUGCUGGAUAAGAACGACAUGGUAGAGCUGCUGGGCCGAAGGCCGUUUGCUGAAAAGUCAACUUAUGAAGAGUUCGUGGAGGGAACGGGAAGCAUGGACGAGGACACGUCGCUGCCGGAGGGCCUGAAGGACUGGAACAAGGAGCGCGGCAGCGAGAAGGAGGAGAGUACGGAGGAGCAGGUGGCCCGACAGAUCACUGGUGGUAUGCCCUUCUGAGGACACCCGUUCACCAUGACCCUGGAGGAUCCAGAGCACUUAUUUAAGAGAUGGGGAACACUUGCCUAAAGGACACUCAGGCAAGUACCCUGCCCUUCAGAAGAUCUGCAGCUCUUGGUAGUAAGCGUUGGACUUCUGUUGUGUACAGUAGGGUGUUUAUGAAAUAUAAACUUUCUUGUGCUGAUGUUUGUGUUACAGCAAAAUAUAAAGGAUCAGGAGAUCUUCUGUUGAAGGUGAAGUGUAUUUUACGUGAUGCAUCAUGUGCAUUGCCCGAAAAUCUGUUUAAGGAAGGCAAAAGCACUGUAGCUUGUCAAGAAAGAUUCUCUUUAUUCAUUUCAAUUUUACACAUCAAUGACCAAGAAUCUCUUUCUUUAUAUAUAUAUAUUCAUGUCUAACAGAAGACAUGUUAAAUCACCUGUAAGCUUUGCUGCUGAUAUGCACAGGUUGCGUUAACUCUUUCUGUACAUUUAAGAUCCCAGUUCAAAACUGCCGCAAUUUCGGUGACUUUCUGAAAGGUCUUUCUGCAGUUCUGCUUGCUCACUGGCUUCUGAAAGACUGAAAUAUACAUGAAUGUUGUAAACAGUGCACAAAGUCACUCGUGUCUUUCACAGAUUUGCAGUGGCAUGAGCAUCAGCCUUUGGUUGUUAUUUUAUGCAGUUUAUGAUCACGUCCUUUGAUUGAAGGACCGAGCAGUCAUUUCUGAUGUGUUUUCUUCUGUUGAAGUUUAUAUGCUUCAUUUAUGGCCCAGGCAGCUGCUAUUUGUAGUGCAGGCUGAUUAAACUAGAGUAAAUAUUGAAAUAGUUACAUACGACAUAAUUCGCAUUUGUAAUGAAAUAGGAUGCAAGCAUACACAAAUGCAGAUAAGUAGUUCAUUAUGUUAAUGAUCAGCUUAUGAACGUGUGUGAUUUUUGACAGCAGUAUUUAUUCUACAGUGCAAAUCCAAAACACAAAUCGAGCUUUGAGCUUAAAAACAGAACUCAAUCUAAUAUGCAUUGCCCUUUUGUGACUUCAGCUUGAUAUUACAUCUAAAUGUGUAUUUUGUUCUGUGCAAAGGGGUUUGAACAUGUUUGAAAACCUAAAUAAAUCCCCAAAUAUUUCAAA